CCGAACUCCCGCGUGGUUCAGCUUUAUAAUCGCAAUUGUUGCAUAAACCCUUCGUAAUGGCUCUGCUUUCAUUUAGUUUAAUGCAUGGUUUAUUUCUCAUAUAAGCCUGAUGAGCUGCCAACCGGGCUGGUCUGAAGGAAGAAACUCCUGCCCGACUGCAAGUUCCAAGCUGCUAAAUCAUUAUCCAUGCUAAGAACAUAUUUCUGCUAUGGCUUCGCUUCAAGGGGGCCGCCGCCGCAGCCGCUGAAGGCGCGAUCUUCUUUUUUGCUUCUUGCUUCCUUGGCUAUUGGAUGACAGCUUUCUCUUUAAUGGGUUAUGAUGACAGAGAAAAUGAUCUCUUUCUCUGUGACACCAAUACCUGUAAAUUUGAUGGGGAGUGCUUAAGAAUUGGAGACACCGUGACUUGCGUCUGUCAGUUCAAGUGUAACAGCGACUAUGUGCCUGUGUGUGGCUCCAACGGCGAUACCUAUCAGAAUGAAUGCUACUUGAGACAGGCUGCCUGCAAGCAGCAAAGUGAAAUACUUGUCGUGUCAGAAGGAUCAUGUGCCACUGAUGCAGGCUCGGGAUCUGGAGAUGGAGGCAAUGAAGGUUCUGGAGAAACCAUUCAAAAGGAAACAUCCACCUGUGACAUUUGUCAGUUUGGGGCAGAGUGUGAUGAAGAUGCAGAGGAUGUUUGGUGUGUGUGCAACAUUGACUGUUCUCAAACCAACUUCAAUCCUCUCUGUGCUUCCGAUGGGAAAUCUUAUGAUAAUGCAUGUCAGAUCAAAGAAGCAUCAUGCCAGAAACAAGAGAAAAUUGAAGUCAUGUCUUUGGGUCGAUGUCAAGAUAACACAACAACCACUACCAAGUCAGAAGAUGGACAUUAUGCAAGAACAGAUUAUGCAGGGCUCCCUGCAAGCGUAGCGCCAUCACAUUUUCUUCUGUGGAAGCUGCAUGGAUGGGACAGUGCAGUGCAAUUCAACAAGAAUGCUAACAAACUGGAAGAAAGUGCCAGGGGAAUCUACAUUCCUUGUCCAGAACAUUAUAAUGGCUUCUGCAUGCAUGGAAAAUGUGAACAUUCUGCUAAUAUGCAGGAACCAUCUUGCAGGUGUGACGCAGGCUACACUGGACAACACUGUGAAAAGAAAGACUACAGCGUUUUAUAUGUCGUUCCUGGCCCUGUACGAUUUCAGUACGUUUUAAUAGCAGCAGUGAUUGGAACUAUCCAGAUUGCUAUCAUCUGUGUCGUAGUCCUCUGCAUUACAAGGAAAUGUCCCAGGAGCAACAGAAUUCACAGGCAGAAGCAAAACACAGGGCACUACAGUUCAGACAACACAACAAGAGCAUCAACCAGGUUAAUUUAAAAGAGCGCAUGUUUCCACAAUGGCAAAAGUAAACUGCAGAGAGCUUGGACUUACAAAAUACAGUAUUAUAGACAAAAGAUCUACACAUGUUGCCUUGCAUUUGUGGUAAUCUACACCAAUGAAAAACAUGUACUACAGCUAUAUUUGAUUAUGUAUGGAUAUAUUUGAAAUAGUAUACAUUGUCUUGAUGUUUUUUCUGUAAUGUAAAUAAACUAUUUAUAUCACACAAUAUAGUUUUUUCUUUUUCAUGUAUUUGUUAUAUAUAAUAAAUACUCAGUGAUGAGAAAAAAUUUU